GCGGAUUCUCACCCUGUCACCAGAAAGUGGACUAUCUGGGUCUUCAUGAAAGAUGCUGUGAUUUUGAAAUCAGGUCACCUGGAGCCUGGGGCUACCCCAGCCCUCUCAGGGCAGACCUCCGAAGUGAAAGAGACAGUGGUGGUCAAUGUUAUUUGAGCUGGGUCAGCAGGCCCUGGAACUUCCUGAGUGCACGAUGCAGAAGGCUGCUUACUAUGAAAACCCAGGACUCUUCGGAGGCUAUGGCUACAGCAAGGAGACCUAUGGCUAUGGCACCCCCCAUCAGCCUUACCCACCCCCUGCUGCUGCCAGCUCCCUGGACACUGAUUACCCGGGCUCUGCCUGUUCUAUCCAGAGUUCCGCACCUCUGAGAGCCCCAGCCCACAAAGGAACUGAACUCAAUGGCAGCUGUAUGAGGCCUGGCACUGGGAACAGCCAGGGUGCGGGUGGUGGUAGCCAGCCUCCUGGCCUGAACUCAGAGCAGCAACCACCACAACCCCCUCCUCCGCCACCAACCCUGCCCCCAUCCUCGCCCACCAAUCCUGGAGGAGGAGUGCCUGCCAAGAAGGCCAAGGGUGGGCCCAAUGCUUCUGGAUCCUCAGCCACCAUCAGCAAGCAGAUCUUCCCCUGGAUGAAAGAGUCCCGACAGAACUCCAAGCAGAAGAACAGCUGUGCCACUGCAGGAGAGAGCUGCGAGGAUAAGAGCCCGCCGGGCCCGGCGUCCAAGCGGGUGCGCACGGCAUACACCAGUGCACAGCUGGUGGAGCUGGAGAAGGAAUUCCACUUCAACCGCUACUUGUGCCGGCCGCGCCGCGUGGAGAUGGCCAACCUGCUGAACCUCACGGAGCGCCAGAUCAAGAUCUGGUUCCAGAACCGGCGCAUGAAGUACAAGAAGGACCAGAAGGCCAAGGGCAUCCUGCAUUCGCCGGCAGGUCAGUCCCCGGAGCGCAGCCCGCCGCUGGGCAGCGCCGCUGGCCACGUGGCCUACUCCGGCCAGCUCCCGCCCGUGCCCGGCCUGGCCUACGACGCGCCCUCGCCGCCCGCCUUCGCCAAAUCUCAGCCCAACAUGUAUGGCCUGGCCGCCUACACGGCGCCGCUCAGCAGCUGCCUGCCACAGCAGAAGCGCUACGCGGCGCCCGAGUUCGAGCCCCACCCCAUGGCCAGCAACGGCGGCGGCUUCGCCAGCGCCAACCUGCAGGGCAGCCCGGUGUACGUGGGUGGCAACUUCGUCGACUCCAUGGCGCCCGCGUCCGGGCCCGUCUUCAACCUGGGCCACCUCUCGCACCCGUCUUCGGCCAGCGUGGACUAUAGCUGCGCCGCGCAGAUUCCCGGCAACCAUCACCAUGGACCGUGCGACCCUCAUCCCACCUACACAGAUCUCUCGGCCCACCACUCGUCUCAGGGACGCCUGCCCGAGGCCCCCAAACUGACGCAUCUGUAG